AUGACUAUGCCGCUGAUGAACAAUUUGGACAUGGAUCCAAAUAAUGGACUCUUUACUCAACAACAACAUCAUCACUCUUCCAAUAGUUCAUUAUCUACCCCUGCACCUCCAGUAUUCAAUACCUCCUCAAACGACUUGCUUCAAGUCCCACCCUCUUCCACUUCUCAAGUUACACCAAAAACUGACAAGAGUAUGGAUUCGUAUCCAACUGGUGUUGCUGCUGUUGCAGCAGCUGCUGCUGCAGCUGCGGCCGCCGCUACAGUAACGUCAAAUCCUAUGGGAUCUUCUAGCAGCGCCAACAAUCUUGCCGAUUAUACUUAUGCCCAACAACAGCAUCACCAAUCUCAUCAGCUGGAAAGUCCUGCUUCCAAUAGCUCGAUUCCAUUGCCCAGCUCGUUUAACAAUGCAAGCUCAGGAAGUACCAACAUUUCUCAAUCUUCAUAUGAGGAUUACCAAAAAACACAAGAAAUAGGCAUUACUCAAAUGACUCAAGACAAGCAGCAGCAACAACAACAACGAGGCCCAAUAACAGCUUCAUAUUCUCUUGAAAAUAUUAAUCCAGCAUUGGCGUCCCAAGGGUUUCAUCAAAAUGGAACAAGUAACGGGUAUCCUCCACAGCAACAACAACAGGGUAUGUCGGCCGCUCAGCACAUGUACACACACCCAGUUAAUACGAUUCGACCAUCAACGGUUGACCAAUCCACCAACCUUUUUGCAUCAAACGACCCUUCACUUGUAGCGAUGCAGUCGUCUCUGGCUAAAAAUGAUUAUACUCAGUCACCUCAACAAGUGCGCUACAUUACAGACGAUGGUCGUCAAAAUGGCGGGUCCAUGACUGCAGCCACCGCCACUACCAAUACAACAACAACAACAACAACAACGUCAUCAAAUGGUAACUCUGAAAUUUAUGUAACACCAACCCCUCAACUGUCUUCAUCUUCGCAUAGUAGCCGCCCAGGAACUGCAUUGGGGGCCUCUGAAGUUGCUGUAGGAACUUUGCCUUACUAUCAGGACACUACAUUGCAAACUGCAACGACGCUACAAGCGCCAUACCAAAAUAUGAUUGCACCCCAAUAUCACCACAGAACUAUGGAGGUGGCACAAGGCACGGUUCCUGGAGAUCAUACUCUAAAUGGGACUUCAACAUCUGCAGCUGCAGCUGCCGCAGCAGCGGCCAUGGCAGCUAGUCAAGAGCUAGUUCAGCUUAGCCAGCAAACAACGCAUUCAGAUCUGGGACUUAAUGCAGUAGCUAAUAACGCAUGGAUUGGGACAAGUUAUUAUAUGCCAGAGAUGCAAAAUGGAGCUUCUGCCAAUGGUGGGUUGAACUUGGGGUUGGGGGCUGAUCAACAGUAUCAUCAUCAACAGUAUCACCAGCACCACCAUCAACAACAUGAGCAGCAGCACCAACAACACCAGCAAGUUUUGGUACCUCAAGAAGCUCAACAACAACAACAACAACAACAGUCUCAACAACAGUCUCAACAACAAUAUCACCAAAUGCUGAGCUCUCAACACCAGUACAUUCCAGCAUAUCCCAAUGCUGCCAUUGCACCUGAGUACCCUGUGGGACAGCCUCUUCAAUUGGUGAGUGCAACAAAUGGUCAAGUUGUAGGUGCUCCCGGAGCUGUUGUGUUUGCACAUAAUGAAGCUGCUUCGGCUUCUGCGGCUGCUGCUGCUGCUGCGGCGGCGGCGGCAGCAGCGGCGGCGGCUGCACACAUUAUGCCUAUCCAGAUGGGGUCAUGGCAGCCUGAGAAUCGGUUGCCUGUCAAGUCGCUUGUUUUGCAUGAGGGGGUGAAUUUACAUGAGUACCUUGCAGAGUUUUUGAUGUGUCCUGAGAAGGCGACUGAGUUGACGAUGUUGUCGAUUGUGUCGCAAAAGAAUAAGCGGCUCAAGAGUAGCAAGUACUCUGAGGGUGGGCGGGCCGGAGCAGGACUCAAGAGUAGUAAGUUGAGGGAAAAGUACAUGGCUAAUAACUUGAAUCGGUUAUUUAUUCCUGCUGGGAUUGGGGGACAGGGUGAUGCUUGUCGACAGAGACACAGUGAAAACAAUCCUGUCUUUAUUUCGCGAGAACAAAUGGUGAAUGAGAUUAUGAGUGCGAUUGAGUUUGCAUUAUGUUCUAGUAAGGACUUGGAGCAGCACCGAGUGGGGAAGGGUGAUGUUGGUAUCAAUUAUGCUCAGUUGGAGGUUGGGCGGGGUAUUCCGAUGCAGCUAUCGCUGCCUGAGGGGGUAUCAGUGGUGAUGAAUGCUUCUCAAAAGGAUGAGAUUGAGAAUAUGUUUAUUUCAUGGAAGCCACUGCGAACCAAGCCUGAACAUUUUUUCCGGAUGGAGGAUCGUCAUGGACAGCACUUUACGCUUGAGGAGCUGAAGGAGGUUGUUGAUAUAUUAUUGUCACGUCCCCCUCGACGAAUUAAUCGGUAUUGUGCAAGACAAUUGUUGACAGAUGUCAGCUAUGGACAAGGGCGUGGUGUUACUGAGUUUAAUAACACUGGACAGGAACGAUCGCCGCACAUGAUGAGUUAUAUGACUCGGCGGGAAUACAAUACGGUUCCAGUUGGUGGGCAGCCCAAGGAUGGGAUGAUGAAUCUUCCAGAUGAGAUGAAGAAUGUUUUGAGUCAUGUGGAUUCCAGUUUGAUUCCAUAUCAGAAUACUAAGAAGAGUAAUAUAUAUGAUCCAAUUUGGUGUCGCAAGACUGGUGUGCAUAAGGAGGGAUGGUGCAACCAUUGCAAGGAGGGUGGUUGGUACUUGAUGAAGAAUUCUGGGUUUUUGUAUCAUAAGAAUCAUGAGCAUGGGAUUUUCCCUCAAGGGUUUGUGUUUGAAGAUCCGUUGGUGAUUCGGCGCAAGCUUAUUCGGGAGGCUCGAUGGGAAGGUCAGUGUGGGAUUUGUUACCAUUGGAUUGACUUGGAUCAUACUGAGCGUAAGACUUGGGGGACAUGGUACCGACACUAUAAGCUUUGUGCAGCAGAGUAUGAGGAGAUUAAGAAGCUUGUUAAGGCUACUGGAUUACCUUUGGAUUUGGUUGAAGUUGAGUAUAUUCCCAGUGCAUGA